AUGUCGCGGCUUGCACUAUCCGACGACGACGCCCGGGUGAGGCAGUGGUUCGCUGAAGAGACAGCCAAACUGGACUGCCAAUUAACCGUGGACAAGAUGGGAAAUCAGUUUGCGAGGAAGAACGGAUCAUCCAACUCGGGUGCUCCCAUGAUUGCAAUGGGAAGCCAUCUGGACACACAACCGCGUGGAGGGCGCUAUGAUGGAAUUCUGGGUGUUCUUGCAGCCGUUGAAGUUCUGAGAACUUUGAAGGAUGCAGGAUACACUACCAAUUAUGAUGUUGGCGCCAUCAAUUGGACCAAUGAGGAGGGUGCCCGAUUUCCAAACUCAAUGGUAUCAUCUGGCGUGUGGGCUGGCAAGAUACCUCUACAGAAAGCGUGGAGCCUAGCAGAUAUCUUUGAUCCUUCUGCAACCAUGCACUCGGAGCUUGUGCGCCACGGUUAUGUUGGGGAUGUCGAAUGUUCAAGCGAUGCAGCGACGGGGUUUCCGCUCACAGCGCAUUUUGAACUGCACAUUGAACAAGGUCCUAUUCUGGAACGGACAGGCAGAAAGAUUGGCGUCGUGCAAGGAGCUCAGGCGUACAAAUGGAUAACUGUGUCUGUCACGGGUCGUGAUGCUCACACCGGCACGACGCCAUUAGACAUGCGGAGUGAUCCGUUACUAGCAACGGCCAAAAUGAUUGCCUCGUCGAAUGCCAUUGCAAAGAGGCAUGGCGCUUUGGCAUCCACAGGAGUCGUAAAGAUACCACCGAACUCAUCCACAAAUACCAUUGCUUCGACGACGUCUUUCUCGUUGGAUAUCCGCCAUCCAGAGGAUCACGUAGUGGCCCAAGUGCUCAGCGAGUGCCUCGAGUCGUUUGAAGCAAUUAGCAAGGAGGAUGGAAAGGGCGUCAAGUUCAAUUGGACGCUCGACACUGAUUCGGCUGCGACAAAGUUUGACAAGGACUGCAUCAAGGCCGUUGAGAUGGCAGCAAAUGACAUUGUUGGGCCCGAUGGAUGGAGUCCGUUGACGAGCGGAGCUGGCCAUGACAGCGUAUACACGAGUAAAAAGGUACCGACCACUAUGAUAUUUGUGCCUUGUAAGGAUGGUGUAAGCCAUCAUCCCGAAGAGUACUGUAGUCCUGAAGAUUGUGCUAUUGGAGCUCAGGCGCUGUUGCAAGCAGUUGUUAAUUAUGAUAACAUGCUGUCCGGGAAGAACGAUUAA